AUGAAUGACUCCUCCAUAGAAGAUCCCUGGCCAAGACUAAAGACCAUCAUACACACAACCAUUGAAAAGUGGAGCGAUAUCCAGGUACCAUCUGUCCCGAAUAAUUCAGUUAUUUGGGAGGGUGUUGACAAGCUGCUGAUGAACCUCAAAUCCAACAAGGACACGGACCCAGAUGAGCUUCAAUCCAACAAGGACACGGACCCAGAUGAGCUUCAAUCCAACAAGGACACGGACCCAGAUGAGCUUCAAUCCAACAAGGACACGGACCCAGAUGAGCUUCAAUCCAACAAGGACACGGACCCUGAUGAGCUUCAAUCCAACAAGGACACGGACCCAGAUGAGCUUCAAUCCAACAUGGACACGGACCCAGAUGAGCUUCAAUCCAACAAGGACACGGACCCAGAUGAGCUUCAAUCCAACAAGGACACGGACCCAGAUGAGCUUCAAUCCAACAAGGACAGGACCCAGAUGAGCUUCAAUCCAACAAGGACACGGACCCAGAUGAGCUUCAAUCCAACAAGGACACGGACCCAGAUGAGCUUCAAUCCAACAAGGACACGGACCCAGAUGAGCUUCAAUCCAACAAGGACACGGACCCAGAUGAGCUUCAAUCCAACAAGGACACGGACCCAGAUGAGCUUCAAUCCUUCAUCCUUUAAUCAGCUGCUACAAACUCAGCAUCAGCCUUACCAACUCUUGCUUUACCUAGGUUAG